AUGGCGGUGGUGAUGGCGGUGGUGAUGGCGGUGGUGAUGUCGGUGGUGGAGGUGGCGGUGGUGGACGUGAACAAAUAUACCCGUCAGAACGAGAACAAAUAUAUCCGUCAGGACGAGAACAAAUAUACCCGUCAGAACGAGAUCAAAUAUACCCACUGCGCAUGCACGUGGCCCUCUGCGUUUGCAAACAGCGUCUGGGAGGGAACGCGCGGACAGUUGACGUUUGGAAGCAGCACGUUGGGCGGUCUCGUGAUUGACGUCAGCAGUCUGGAUCCCUCCGCGGGCAGUCUGUCUACGUGGGAAUGCGUGAACACGGACUACUUUCAGGCGGAGGGAAUUCUGCUCCUGAAAUCCACUAAGAAGUUCAAUCACAUCAACGCUCUCUUCCUUGCCUACUUCUGUUUCACGAUGACACGAGUGACAGGCGUCGAGGCGUUCUACUUUUAUCAGUCGCACGCAAUGGAGCCUUCCCUUAACAACGAGCGUAUCAAGAUACACCAGGCUGAAACGUUCACCACCAAGGCUCAGAUCUGUGGUGCUACCCCGCCUGUGCAGGAGUUUCACUACAUGGUCAAACAGGGUCAAGAACUCGUGUCUAAGCAGUUCUGUCCGCCUUCUCUGUUAGCCCGGAUGGAGUAUAACGUGACGUCAUCGAACGGCGCCGUCAGCUGUACAGGCCCUGCGGAUAGUUGGGACGUCUGUACGGACAAGACGAAGAUGACGUUCAACUACUCCACUUGUGCCACGCAGAUGAUGUAUUCAAGUGAUGGGCGUGUCUACUGCAUGUUUAACCUGACGACUACACACCACUAUACCAUGGUCUACAGCAACGGCACUUCCGGAAGCAAGUUUAUAUGUGUGGUUUCGAAUGAAGCUGGCACCGCUGCUAGUUUUGUAGAAGGACGUUGCGGACAGAGCAACCAGUCGCCAACGACCUUCGCCACCUCCGACGGAAGUGACGUAGGCUUCACCGUCACCAUGUCGGCUGCAGGUAACCUUGACAUAUACUGA